GGAUCCGCUAUCAAGAAACUCAAAAUAUGAUUUUUAAUAGAAUACCUUCGUUAUAGUCUAGAUCUACCUGUCCUAAAUCUAUAGACUCUUCUAGAUCUAGAUUGAGGUUAUAAUCUAGAUCUAAUUAGAUAUAGAUUCUAGAUCUAUAUUCAAGACAGAAAAGUCAAAUUAUUGAAAUUCAUUUGCCUUGCAGUGUUAGUUUCUAGAUAUUUCUAAUCAUAAUUCCAAGACCAAAAAAUUAACUUUUUGAGGUUACAAGCAGACAUUAAAGAGACACAAUGGGGGAGUCUCCAAAUGAAUUCAAACUUAGCAAUAUGCCCUCAGAUGGCAUAAGCUCAGUCAAGUUUGGACCUAAUUCCAACCAGUUUCUUCUUGUCUCUUCCUGGGAUGAGACUGUAAGGUUAUAUGAUAUUGUUGGAGAUACAAUGAGAUUCAAAUACACUCACAAUGCAGCUGUUUUGGAUUGUUGCUUUUAUGAUGCAGUACAUUCCUACAGUGGAGGGCUGGACAAAACAUUAAAAACAUAUGACUUCAACACAAGUACAGAUCAAGUUGUUGGUACCCAUGAUGCUCCUAUUAGAUGUGUUGACUAUGCCUCAGAUGUCAAUAUUAUUGUCACAGGCAGUUGGGAUUCUACAGUUAAAUUUUGGGAUCCUCGUCAGUCAUCGUUGGUUGGCUCAUUUGCUCAACCUGAUAAAGUGUAUACAAUGUCAGUAUGUGGUGACUCUUUGAUAGUAGGGACAGCUGGCAGACGGGUUUUAGUCUGGGAUUUGAGAAACAUGGGCUAUGUGCAGCAGAGAAGGGAAUCCAACUUGAAAUAUCAGACUCGAUGUAUUCGGAGUUUUCCUAAUAAACAAGGCUAUGUUCUUAGCUCUAUUGAAGGUCGUGUAGCUGUUGAAUAUUUGGAUCCCAACCCAGAGGUGCAGAGAAAAAAAUAUGCUUUUAAAUGUCACAGAAUUAAAGAAAAUGGUCAAGAGCUUAUCUACCCUGUAAAUGCCAUAGCUUUCCACAAUGGUUACAAUACAUUUGCGACAGGUGGCUCAGAUGGCUAUGUUAAUAUAUGGGAUGGUUUUAACAAAAAACGUCUCUGUCAGUUCCAUAGGUAUCCUACUAGCAUUGCUUCUCUGGCAUUUAGUCAUGAUGGCAGCGUGCUGGCCAUUGCUUCAUCAUUCAUGUAUGAGACAGAGACAGACAAACCUGUUGCGCCAGAUACUGUAUACAUAAGAAAUGUCACUGAUCAAGAGACAAAACCUAAAUUGUAAAGACCAUCAGCUUUGUUGUUAGUUUGUAUUUUCCCCCUUUUAAAAAUGUAUAUAUUUCUUUUUAUUGUUUUUAAUGUGAACUUAUAAAUGAACUAUUUCGCUGUGAAAAA